AUGCUUUGUAACUUGCCAUGCCGUAUAGUGCUAUUUGCUGUGAACUUUCUCACAUCGCUUUUUGGACUGGUCCUGGUAACAGUCGGUGGAAUUAUGAUAUGGGGUCAACCCAUUGUGCAUCAAUUGUUGGAGCGUUAUCUGGACCCGUUUAUUGAUUCCAUCUCUCCAGACAGCACGGUCGGCGCCUAUUCGGAGAUCAUCAGCCGGUUACUGACUGCCACAUCUCCAAUCGGGAUAUUAUUGUUCGUCCUCGGAUCUGUCAUAUUCAUCACAUCACUUAUCGGGUACUCUGGCGCCUGUUGCAAUUCUAAAAUGAUUUAUUACACGUACGAAAUUAUUUUGGCGCUACUGGCAGCUGCAAUUGUGGCCGCUGUUGUGGGUUACUACUUCCAAAAAGAGAAGUUGGCUGAUGUGGUGGAUAAAUACUUCGCCAAAAGUGUCAACGACUACGUAUCUAUGGCUGCAAAUGAUGUGAACAGCUUGGUGGUUGGUUUCCUUUCACCGCUGGUAAGCAAUUUUGAUCCGUUUUUGAUUCUCCUCGGUGAGGGGUCUGUUGGUAAAACGCCGCAUCAUAGGUCAAAACACGUAGCAGAUAACACCCUAUACAGUAUGCAUUGUGAACAUUCCGUAAAUUUUAAAAUAUGA